AUGCCGCGUGGAAAAGAAAAUUCUCCUACAGCUGAUAGGUCAUUUAAUCCAUCAUAUAAAGAUUAUUUUAAAUUUGAUUGUGAACAUUUGCUUCAGUAUUGUGGAAAGGUGAAUGAGAGCCGAAGAGAAGAUCAAAACGAAUCUAUAUUGGAGGCAAGGUUAAAGGAAAUAGAUGCAAGAUGGACAAACGUAGAUACUUCUUAUCAAAAGGUAAUGUUAUCUCAAGAUGACGUAAUUGAUGCAGAAUUUAAAAAUCAAGCAAGAGAAGAAUUUGAUGCUUGUAAUGAUGCCUAUGUCCAGAGCACAUCACAAAUUUUUGAAAUUCUUAAAAUUAUCCGCUUAGAUACAGUACAAAUGCCAAUGUUCCAAUCAACAUCUCGUCAAUCUGUCCCAAAUCAAAAUCCAAUGAGCGAUAAUUCAAGUAUUUGCAUUAAAUUACCCCCAUGCGACACAGAAAUAUUUAAAGGCAGUUAUGAACAAUGGCCCUCGUUUAGAGACAUGUUCACUGCAGUUUAUAUAAAUCAUUCGAAACUUACUCCUGUAACUAAGCUAUACCAUCUCAGGAACAAGACAAGAGGCGAAGCAGAACAGCCAAGUAAUUCUAACAAAGAUGAACUUCCAACAACCUCACGGCGGGUUCAAGCAAACUGCUCUACGAGCAACGAAAACAUUUUAUUGCGUACAGCGUUAAUGCAAAUAGAGCAUCAAGGCGAAAUUUUCACGAUAAGAGCUUUAAUAGAUCCAGGCUCUCAAAGAACCUUCAUAACAGAAAGAAUAAGAAGAGGUCAAAAACAAUCAGCUAAAAAAGAGUGUGAUUUUACAUUAUUUGCAAGAAAAUACAAUCUAAGAGUCCCAAUUAAAGCAAUUGUUUUAUCAAAUGUUACUAAAACACUUCCAGCUGUCACGUUUAAUGUCCCAUAUUCAGCAGAACUUAGAAAAUUGGAUUUAGCAGACCCGAAUUUUAAUAAAUCUUCCCAAAUUGAUCUUAUUCUUGGCAAUGAUUAUGAACAUAGUCUAAACCUCGAAGGAAUAAAGAAAAAUAUAUGUGGCCAAACAUCAGCUUACAAAACUAUAUUUGGAUGGGUGCUUAGUGGACCGAUGAAAAUGGAAACUGUUCAAACAUUCACAACUGCUGUAACUUCAUCGGAAUCUUCAGAACUCAGCACACUAUUGAGGAAAUUUUGGGAGCAAGAGGAAAUACCAAAAACUCGCCUUAAAUCAGAAGAAGAUGAAUUUGUAGAACAAUUUUACACUAAAACAACUACUCGAAACAAAGAUGGACGAUAUAUGGUAAGGCUACCAUUAAAAAAGGAAUAUCCCGAAUCGGUUUUCUUAGGAUCAUCUAGAUUCAUCGCACUCGCUCAAUAUGCCAGUAUGGACAAAACUUUAGGAAAGAAUAAAGAAUUGCAAGCUGAAUAUAAAGCUGUUUUGGAUGAGUAUUUAACUCUCGACCAUAUGGAAGAAACAACAUCAAACGAAAUUAAUUCAGAAGGUAAACAUAGUUCCUUUUAUUUACCCCAUCACGCGGUCGUGCGACCAGAACAUAAAACUACAAAGGUAAGAAUUGUGUUCAAUGCCUCUAGGAAAACAAAAUCCAAAUUUUCACUAAAUGAUGUUCUGUACACGGGGCCUACAAUUCAAAACGAUUUAAUAACUGUAAUUCUAAAUUGGAGAAGAUAUAAAUAUGUGUUCAGUGGUGACAUACAAAAAAUGUAUCGUCAAAUCAUAGUUCAUCCAGACGAUAGAGCAUUCCAGAGAAUUUUAUACCAACCUGAACAAAAUGGUCCUAUUAAAGAUUUCGAAAUGAAAACAGUAACGUUUGGAUUCAAUUGUGCGCCUUUUCUAGCAAUUCGUAAGUUACAUCAACUCGCUUCAGACUCAAAAGCCGAAUCAAUUUUAAGGUACGAAACUUAUGUAGAUGAUAUUUUAACUGGAGGUUAUUCAAUUGAGGAAACUCGUGAGGCACAAAAUCAGCUAAUUAAGACUCUAAAAUCUGCUGGAUUUUUACUCAAGAAGAUAACAGCAAACGAUGCUCAAUUACUAGCAGAUUUACCAACAGAAGAUAUAUAUGAUUCAGAUUUUUUGCGGUUUCACGAAACUAGCUCAACUAAAACUUUAGGCAUAAAAUGGAACGCAAUCACAGAUACAUUUACUUAUAGUUUCUCAUCACUAAGUCCGUCUACGGAAAUAACAAAACGACAAGUUCUAUCAUCUGUCGCAAAACUGUUUGAUCCAGCUGGAUGGCUAGCUCCUAUAGUAAUCAGAGCAAAAAUAUGUAUGCAGCAAUUAUGGUUAGACGGUAUAGAAUGGGAUGAAGAAAUUAAUGCAGAAUCUCUACAAAAUUGGAACGAUCUAGUUCAGGACUUAUCUGAAGUUGAACUAAUAUCAAUACCUCGUUGGAUUCAACUUAUGCCUAGUGACACAAUCCAAAUUCACGGAUUCUGCGACGCAUCGAAAUCCUCAUAUUGUGCUACUGUAUACAUUAGGUGCCAAACAAAAACACAAAACACAUUCUCAAAUUUAUUGGUAGCAAAAACUAAAGUAGCUCCUUUACAAACUGUUUGCCUCCCGCGCUUGGAACUUAAUGGCGCAGUGCUUUUGGCAAAUUUAAUUAAUUAUGUAAAAAACUCUAUCAAUUUCAGUAAUAGCGAAAUAUAUUUAUGGACGGACUCAGCUAUAGUCCUAGGAUGGUUAUCGAAACCACCUUCAUCGUGGGAAACCUAUGUGGCGAACAGAACAGCACGAAUACACGAAUUAAUGGCUGAUGUCACAUGGCGACAUGUCCCAACACAUGAUAAUCCAGCUGAUCUGGGCACACGAGGUUGUAAAGCCCAAAAUUUGGUAAAUAAUUCACUUUGGUGGAAUGCACCAUCAUGGUUACAAAAACCUUCAUCAGAAUGGCCCAAUCGAAAUAUCUUAAAUUAUAGCUCAGAGAAUAAAGAAAUACAAUCGCUAAAUGUUCAGAUUGAAGAAAAUGAUAUACUGGACAACUUUUCAUCAUACAGUAGAGCUUUACGUGUCAUAUGCUACAUUUUUAGAUUUUUUUAUAAUACAACGAAAAAAAUGCGGCAAAAUGCUGAUAAAAAUGCUCAAGUAUCUUUGACGCAAAAUGAGAUGAAAAUUGUAAAAUCGAGACUAAUUGUUUUAGCUCAAAAAAGAUUUUAUAAUGAGGAAUAUAAAUGCGUAAAUGAAUCAAAAGAUAUUUCGAAUAAAAGCCCAUUGAAAAGUCUAAAUCCAUUUAUAGAUAAAGACUCAAUUUUAAGAGUAAAUGGUAGAUUAGCCCAAUCAUCACUACCAUAUGGUGAACGUUAUCCCAUUAUUUUACCAGGCAACUCCCGAUUUUGCCAAUUAUAUUUACACCAUUUGCAUGAGUUUUUCUUUCAUGCUGACUGCGGUCAAAUGUACAGAAUAAUACAAACUGAAUUUCUCAUAUUCAGGUUAAAACCACGUAUCAAGGGAAUAAUACGUAAGUGCAAAAGAUGCAUAAUGUAUAAACAACAGCCAAGCUCUCAAAUAAUGGCUCCUUUACCUCCGGAAAGAUGUACGCUCUCUCUUCCUUUCCAGGUAACAGGAAUUGAUUUUGCUGGACCAUUCGAGAUAAAAACAUCGAUUUUAAGAAAAUCUCCAAUAACUAAAGGAUACGUAAGUGUAUUUGUAUGUUUUAGCACAAAAGCUAUUCAUUUGGAGCCUUGUACAGAGUUAUCCUCAGCGGCAUUCCAAGCUGCUUUCGCUCGCUUCAUCGGAAGGCGGGGGCUCCCCCGAAGGGUAGUUACAGACAAUGGACGAAAUUUCUUAGGUGCCAGUAGAACGCUUGAACGAGAAUUUGCUGUGUUUGUCAAGAAUAGUGCCCAAGAUGUAGCACAGAAAUAUAUGACACAUGGAUUUGAAUGGAAAUUCAUCCCACCUCAUAUGGGCGGCCUUUGGGAGGCAGCCGUAAAGAGUUUUAAAUAUCAUUUUAAGCGAAUUGCAGGUCCUCAUAAAUUUACAUUCGAAGAAUUCGCAACAGUUUUAGCAAGAAUAGAAGGAGUACUCAAUUCAAGACCUAUAUCAGCAGUUUCGGAAGAUCCCUCAGAUAUCACAGCUCUAACGCCUGGACAUUUUCUAAGAGGUGCCCCCCUGAUGACAUUCCCUGAACAAGAUUGUUCGAACAUGUCGGUUUUAAAUAGAUGGGAAAAGCUGAAAGCCAUACAUCAUCAAUUUGCUCAACGUUGGAAAACUGAUUAUCUGAAAUCACAACACAAAAGGUAUAAGUGGAAAACCUCUUGCAAAAAUAUGCAGAUUGGAGAUUUAGUUAUUGUUAUGGACGAUCUACUACCACCUCAUGAAUGGAAUCUUGGCAGGAUAGAAAAAACAUUUUCUGGUUCAGAUGGUAAUGUAAGAACUGCAGACGUACGUACCGCUAGCGGUGUAAUUAAGCGCCCUAUCGUCAAAUUAUGUUACCUCCCUUUUCUAAAUCAAGAGGAAGCGCAAGUUGACUCAAACCUUAAAGUACAAUCCUCUAUUUAG